AUGAACUAUUUUAAGUUUCUACUACUGGUGCUAGUGGUGACAGUUACUAAGAAGGCUGACCCCAAGGUGCUGGCUAACAAAGCUUCCAAGGCUGUCAAAGCUGGAGCAUCAACCAUUAAGAAGAAGGCUAAGAAUAUCUGCACAUCAGUCAUAUUUCACAGGCCAAAGACAUUGCAGAAGGCAAGGAAUCCCAAGUACCAAUAUAUUAGUGCACUACCAAGGAACAAGCUGGACCAUUACCAGAUCCUGAAAUACCCACUCACCACCGAGUCCGCAAUGAAGAAGAUUGAAGACAACAAGAAGAAGAAAACAAGGAUGCUUUCAAGAAGAUGUACAACAUCCAGACAGAUAAAGUGA